AUGCCCUUCGGGGACAAUCGCUCGGAGGUGACAGAGUUCAUCCUGGUGGGCUUCUCGGGCUCGCUGGGCCUCCACGUGUGCCUGGCGGUGCUGUUCACGCUGGCCUACGUGCUGACCGUCACGGAGAACGUGGUCGUCGUCGCCGUGAUCCGGGUCAGCCCCCAGCUGCACAAGCCCAUGUACGUCUUCCUCAGCAACCUGUCCUUCCUGGAGGUGUGGUACGUCUCCGUCACCGUGCCCAAGAUGCUGCUCAGCCUGGCGGAGCCCCAGUUCCGACGCAUCUCCUUCAUGGGCUGCAUGACGCAGCUGUAUUUCUUCCUGGCGCUGGCCUGCACCGAGUGCACACUCCUGGGCGUCAUGGCCUACGACCGCUACGUGGCCAUCUGCAGCCCCCUGCGCUACCCGGCCAUCAUGAGCCCCGGCCUCUGCAGCUUCCUGGCCGCCAGCUCCUGGCUCUCGGGCUUCACCGUCUCCCUGGGAAAGGUCUUCUUCAUCUCGCGCCUGGGCUACUGUGGCCCCAACGUCAUGAACCACUUCUUCUGCGACGUGUCCCCCCUGCUGAGCCUCGCGUGCUCCGACGUGUCCGUGGCGGAGCUGGUCGACUUCCUCCUGGCUCUGCUCAUCCUGCUGGGGCCGCUGCAGCUCACCAUCUUCUCGUACGCCUCCAUCCUCGGCACCGUGCUGCGCAUCCCGUCCGCCGCCGGCCGGCGCAAGGCCUUCUCCACCUGUGCCUCGCACCUGGCCGUGGUGGUCAUCUUCUACUCCGCCUCCCUCUUCAUCUACGCCCGGCCACGCGCCAUCUACUCCUUUGACUUCAACAAGGUGGUGUCCGUGGUCUACACGGUGCUCACGCCCCUGCUCAACCCCAUCAUCUACUGCCUGCGGAACCAGGAGGUCAAGGGGGCCCUACGCAAGGCAGUGCAGAGGGUGGCCCGGGCCCUGGGUGCCCCGUCCUAGGGGCCUCCCCGGGACCUCGCGCUCCCUCAGACCUGCUCCA